GUUCAGUGGCGACGGCAUGAUGAUGCUCCGCCGCGAUGCAAUCCUUGUAACGUCCAAUUACCGGUUAGGCGCCAUGGGCUUCCUCGCUGGUCCUUUCAGCACAGAGUCUGAAUUCCUCGAGUGGCUCAAGAAGUAUCGGACGGACGCGUUCAGUGCCCGCCGCACGGUGGCGGAUCUGCAGCCAGAGUUCGUUGAAGAGGCAUUCGCGCUCUACCCUGCGAGUGAUUACGGCGGCAGCUGGUGGUCCGCCGCUGCUGCCGUCUACACGGAUCAGCAGUACACUUGCCCGACAGCCAGGAGCGUAGGUUGGCUCAUUCGAUCUGGAAGCGUUCCAGCCGACAAUGCGUACACGUAUCAAGUCGCUUAUGCAUCUGAGGGCUACAAGGCAAAAGCAAUGUGGUUGUAUUUCAAGGACUAUUGUUUGCCUGGCUUCACUCCUCACG